UUGAUUACAGCACAAGGUAAUGAAGAACCUAGAAGGGCACAGCCUCUGGAGACGCUUUCUUCACCUCUAAGCAAUAAUUUAACUUCGCCAGAUCGCUUAGAAGAAUAUUCCUCGCCGAUAUUAGACCUACUUGCAAAUUUGUCCCCUUUUAAAAGUCCUGACUAUAUAUCAGGUUCAUCAGAAUAUGGUGAUGAUAUAAAAGUUGCUGGCGGCAAGAAAAUGAGGUUGCCUAAUGGGAAGUCUAGGCGCACUAUCAUAGAAGAGUCUACUUCUGAAGGCGAAAAUACUGCAAAAUCACCAGUGUUUAUACCAUGUUCUGAUGACGAUACAAAUAUGUACAUAGCAGCAAGCGUCAAAGAAGCCGACGUUAAAAGAAGGAUGACUAAUAGCAAUAUGAAGAAAAAAUUCUCUCGUAAAUAUCUAUUAGAUAAAGUCGAAGUAUGCCGGAACUUAUAUGUCAAAACACUAGGUGUUUCAAUAAAGAGAGUUAAUACUGCUUUGACUAAAUUGAGGUCACAAGAUUGUUUAGAUAGAAGAGGAUCAAAAAGUGGAGGCUGGAACAAAUGCAGUGACGAAUUAGUUUCCCAAGUAAUAUGUCAUAUAAACUCUCUUCCUAAGUAUAAAUCACACUAUAGAAGAAGUGAGUCCGAGACCGAAUAUCUUAUGUCAGACUUGACUUUAGACAAGAUGUACGAUUUAUACUGUGAACAUGUAGGAGAAGCUGAGAAGGUUAGUAAGGCUAUGUACACAAAGUUAUUCUACACUAAUUUUAAUCUUAAACGAGCGCCUCUUAAAAAAGACACUUGUAACAAGUGUGACACAUUACAAGCGAAAUUAACUCACUGCAAAACUACUGAGGAAAAAACAGCCAUCGAUACAGAACGCGAAGAACAUUGCCGAAAAUGGGAACAGGCGCGGCAUGUAAUGAAGACUGAUUUUAUUCUGGCUACUCAAUGUAAGGAAUUAGAAUGUCUCACAUUUGAUUUACAAAAAACACUUCCAAUGCCUAAGAUACCUACUGGAAUUAUUUACUAUAAACGACAGCUUUGGCUGUAUAAUAUGGGUAUUUAUUCGGCAAAAACCAACUCAAGUGGGUGUUUUGUUUGGAUAGAAGGAAUGGCUGGAAAAGGUGCUCAGGAAGUCGGUUCCUGUCUUUUAAAAUACUUAGGCGAGCAUAUUUCUGAAGAUGUCGAGGAACUAAUUUUAUGGAGCGAUUCGUGUGGCGGACAAAAUCGUAAUAUAAAGUUAAUUUUGAUGUUAAAAGCAUUUUUGCAUUGUCAUCCCACUUUGAAAAAAAUAACACAAAAGUUUUUGAUUCCCGGACAUAGUUACCUACCCAAUGACAGAGAUUUUUCCCACAUUGAGUCUGCAAUAAAAAAGUAUCCGAGACUAUACACUCCCGAUGAUUAUAUACAAGUUAUUAAAGAUUGCAAGAAAAAAAACCCUCUUAAAGUUACAUUAAUGGCAAAAUCAGAUUUUCUGGGAACUUCUAAGGUUGAAAAAAUGAUUAUUAAUAGAAAACGUGGUAUUAACAAAGAAUGUAUUAAUUGGCUACAAACUCGAGAAAUAUACAUAGAAAGAGACUCACCAAGCUCAAUUUAUUUUAAAACAGACUUCUUUGGUAAUUCUGUGGAAGUCAAUGUAGGUAGAGCACCUGUUCGGGGCAGACCGGGUUUAAUCUUAAUGGAACAUUUAGUUCCCUUGUGGCCGUCAGGGAAACCAGUAUCACCCGCAAAACUUGCCGAUAUACAAUCCAUAUUACAUCUCAUUCCACAAGAUGCACAGAGUUUUUAUCAUGGUCUCAACUGUGAUAAUACUAUAGAAGACGACAUAGAUGGACUAGACACGGUGGAUUUCGAAAUCCAAUUUGAUGAUAACGUCGAAUAA